UUUAGGGGCUUUUCUGUAAAGAUUUUGUGUUGGUUUGUGUAGUUAGCUGGCUAGUUGUUAUUGAUUUAGAUUAGCUUUGGUUUUAGUGUUUUCUAUGAUUCAUUUUGCUUCGUGUUCUGUAUUUUGAGUUUGGGGUUUGUGUCAUUGGUUUUAGGAUGGCACAAUUACCUCCAAAAGUGCCCAACAUGACCCAGAAUUGGCACAGUUACUUCGUGGAUGGCUCAAACCACCACCACCACAGCCACCGCCAGCAGUCUUCGUGGGUGGACGAGUUCCUCGACUUCUCGUCGGCACGCCGCGGGGCUCACCGUCGUUCCAUCAGCGACUCCAUCGCUUUCCUCGAGCAACCAUUAGUGGAAGAUCAUAGGUACUCCAACAAUAAUAACAAUGCCAUGAUGAGCCUCGAUGACGACGAGCAGCUCAUGUCUAUGUUGUCCGACGACGUUGCCGUCAUCACCAUGGCUGCUGCCCUGACCGUAUCCUCAUCGACGUCGGAUCAAAACAGCAACAAUGAUGAGAAAUCGGCGCCGUCCCUGGAUCUGCAACAGCCCAAGAAUGAACCGGGAGAGGUGGAGAGCUCACCCGAACCACAAGCUGGUCAGCCCCCAUCAAACUCCAAUGGCGACCCUUUCGUUGAUCCGAAGAGGGUUAAAAGAAUUCUGGCAAACCGGCAAUCAGCACAGAGAUCAAGAGUGAGAAAGCUGCAAUAUAUUUCAGAGCUUGAAAGGAGCGUCACAACAUUACAGGGUGAAGUAUCAGCAUUAUCACCAAGGGUUGCAUUCUUGGAUCAUCAAAGACUGAUUCUCAAUGUUGAUAAUAGCGCUUUGAAGCAAAGAAUUGCAGCUUUGGCUCAAGACAAUAUCUUCAAAGAUGCUCAUCAAGAAGCAUUGAAGAAGGAAAUCGAGAGACUAAGACAAGUCUAUCAGCAACAACAAAGCCUCAAGGAAACGAACAACGAUAACAACCACCGUGCACCACCGCAUCAACAACCGUCGCAGCAGCCGCCGGAGAACGAAGAACAACUCGUGAGUUGAUCAAGGGAAUAAAAAUAAUGCAAUAAAGCUAUCUAACAACGGGGCUAUUUCUUUUUUUUUUCACGUUGUGUGUUUCCCAAUUGCUGAUUUUCUAUUAGUGUAGGGGUCCCUUUAAGUCAAACAAAAUAAAAUGAAGGGCAAAACGAAAGGGACACGUGGAGUUCUAAGAUAGGAGGGUGACAAUUUCAUUCUUUUUCAUUUUUAA